CAACCUUCAACAUCUGGAGGCUCGUCAUCUUCUGUAAAUCCAUUCGCAAGAAUGCCAAAUUUAAAUAAUCAAAGACAUACUUCACCACCCAGAGCAACUACUAGCCGACCCCAGUCACCACCCAGAGCAUCUACUAGCCGACCCCAGUCACCACCCAGAGCAUCUACUAGUGGAUAUAAUGCACGUUCUGGUUCUCCCCCGAGAUCUACGCCACCUACUCCACCUCCACCUCCACCUCCACCUCCCGCACCCACACCCCCACCCGUACCGCCAAGUUUCGCCGCUCAAAGCUUCGAUCCACGAAGGAAAUAUGACAUGAGACAGCUUCUUCAGAAUGAUGCUGUACCAAUCCCAACAAAUCCUGUUUCAGGACUAGUUAGAAGAAGAGACGUACCUGAUGUCCAUAAUUCGAAAGAUCUUUCGAAUAUAAACAUUCAGCCAGGUACUAUUAAAUAUUUCGCUACUGUACAUAAAAAAAUUGUUUCGUCAAACAAAAAUCUCACGCCUGAUCAGAGGAGACAGAGACAUCAGCAUCUUAAAGAUUUACAACGAAAAAUGGCUACACCUGGAUCUUCUGUACAACUUCCUAAUAAUAACCAAAAUGCUGCUGCUGGUCAGCAUCAAAAUGCUGGGGGUCUUAAUGGUCAGAAUCAAAAUGUUGGGGGUCAUAAUGGUCAGAAUCAAAAUGCUGGGGGUCAUAAUGGUCAGAAUCAAAAUGCUGGGGGUCAUAAUGGUCAGAAUCAAAAUGCUGGGGGUCAUAAUGGUCAGCAUCCAACUCCUGGUGUACAGAAAACCCGUAAAACGCUGGACGAUGUUACACCGAAACAGCAGAAAAAAAUAAAAUGUGGCAAGCCGGGAUCAACAACUCAAAGUUGUUUUGAUUAUUAUGCAUUUUCUAUGUUUUGGUUACCUACGAUGAUUCGUUCAACACACGCAAGAAGAGCAACACCUGUGCCGAGAGAAGAUAAAUGGACAAUUCAUGGAUUAUGGCCAAACAGGAAAGGUUUGCUGACAGCUCCGCCCAAAGCGUGUGAUGUCAAGAAUAUGCCUUUUGAUGCUAGCAAAUUGAAUGGGAUAAGACACACGUUAGAAAACAACUGGUUCGCGGCAUCAUCAGACAAUGAACAAUUCUGGCACCAUGAAUGGGACAAACAUGGCAAGUGUGCAGCACGUUCGAUAUUUAUUAACGACAUUGAGGGUUACUUCAGAAAGGGAAUUAGUUUGGGGAAUACACAUAGAUUUGGUGAUAUUUUGGAGGCAGCAGGUUUUCGUCCUGGAUCUACAAUGACGGUUCAACAGAUAUAUGAUACUAUUUCUCUCCAUUAUGGUACGCCAGAUAUUGCAAUUUGGAAAGACGUGACAACUGACUUAACAUAUUUGAGAGAAAUAAGAGUAUGUUUAAACCAUCGGUUCCAUCAAAUGGAUUGUCCAGUAACGCCUCCACAUGCCGACGUUAUGGCUCAAGAAAUUACUUAUUUGUCAAUUGCUUCAGUCCCUUAAUUAUUAAUAAAUAAAACUUUUUAACUGAGACUGCAGUCAUCUGCUAUUUCAAUUAAUUAUUUUAUGAUUAUUUUAUAACAAAAAAUAUAUUAUUUUCCUUAUAAAAGAAGGAUAUAAAA